UACUAGUAGUCUUCUCAUUAAUCACGAUAUUACUAUUAAAUAGGAACACAUUUUUACAGUAGUAGUUAUUAUAACUAUUAUUAAUAAGAAACAAAAAUUAAGGGAUGAAUAAAUAUAGUUAUGAAAAAGCACAUGACGUCAUCACGUGAUACAUUCACACAUACAUACGUAAAGUACUUGAGUAAAUGUACUUCGUUACUUUCCACCAUAAAAAUCUACAACAAUUCUGAGAAUCAGAUUUUGUGAGGAACAAUAAAGAUCGCCAAAUACUACUAAUAAUAUUGAUAAUUAGCAGUAGUACUACUGGUAGUAGUAGCCUAUUGGGGUGUUGUAAAUAAAUAUCAAUAAAUAAUAUAUAUAUUUAUUUAGAUAUAUUAUUCAUUUAUCAAUGAAUUCCGAUGAGCCGACAGCAGCCGAGCGGCUCCGAUGAGCCGACAGCAGCCGAGCGGCUCCGAUGACGACUCAGAGUGGCUCCCUCCUCCUCAUCCUCUUCCUCCUCCUCAGCAUCCAUUCCCGGUCAGAGGACCUGAGGAUGAGUCCGCUGCCCGCCGCUUUGUGACGGAGGAACCGCAGCAGAACGAGCCGAACCCCGGAAGCCUCCUCAGCCCGCGGUCAGCCAUGCCGUUGGUGAAGCGGAUUAUUGAACCCAGAUAUUUGUGUCGCGGCGCUCUGCCUGAUGGGGUCGCCAGUGAGCUGGAGUGCGUCACCAACAGCACCCUGGCUGCUGUCAUCAAACAGCUCGGAGGACUCAGUCGUUAUGCAGAGGACAUCUUUGGUGAGCUGUUCACAGAGGCCAACAGUUUCUACCUGAGGAUGAACAGCCUGCAGGAGAGAGUGGACCUGCUGGCAGUGAAGGUCACACAGCUGGACUCCACCGUGGAGGAAGUGUCUCUGCAGGAUAUCAACAUGAGGAAGGCCUUCAGGAGCAGUACCAUCCAGGACCAGCAGGUGGUGUCACGGAACUCUAUCCUCAACCCAGUGCUAGAAAUGUACCAACGCUGCGACAAACCACCACCCCUCAACAUCCUGACACCUUACAGGGAUGAUAAGAAGGACGGUCUGAAGUUCUACACCGACCCGUCUUACUUCUUCAGCCUGUGGAAGGAAAAGAUGCUGCAGGCUACCGAGAACAAACGCAAAGAGAAGAGACGACAGAAGGAACAGAAGCAUGUGGAGGAGUCUUCAGGACGAGAGGUGAAGAAGGUCAGGAAAGCUCGUAACAGACGGCAGGAGUGGAACCUGAUGGCAUACGACAAGGAGCUCCGCCCAGAUGCUCGAGUGACACCGUCACCUUACCACACCUCUGACGGCUCAAUGUCACCUGACAGGUCAGGGAUGUCAGACGACCCCUCCUUCCCCACCAGCCCCCACCACCAUGACGCCCAUGGGCAUGAUGGGAAGGAUCAUGUCACCGUGGCAACCGGUCAGACUCAGUCGUUGGACCGCGCACUCAGACCCGCCUCUGCGUCCUCUGCGGUUGCCACUGCAACUGCCCGGCAGCACUCGCUGGGCCGCAACCAGCCGCAUCACCACCACCCGCCGCUCACUGGCUCGGCCAAUCAGAACGGAGCACGGACCAACGCCACCAAGGAGGCCAAUGACCAUCAGAUCCCUCCAGCCCCCCCACCGCCACCCCCUCUCAUGCCGUCAGCGGGACAGAUGGCGUUCUCAAACAGCUCCACCCACACUGCCGCCAUGGCAACACCGCUGCACCCUGCAGCCGCUCCUGGCAACCAAGGUGGUGCUGCCGUCUUCUCUCGCCCUUACAGCCCGUCCCCUCCCCCGCCUCCCCCGGCUAACUACGUCCCCUCCCCCUCCCGGCCUGGAGGCCAGGCUCCACCCUCGGCUGCUGCGCCCCCGUUGCCCCCGGUGAUAGAUGGCAGGAAGCCUCCCGGUGGACCAAAUGUGCCCAUGAACGACGCCCGCAGCGACCUGCUGGCUGCCAUACGCAGAGGGAUCCAGCUGAGGAAGGUUCAAGAGCAGCGUGAGCAGGAGGAGGCCAAGAAACGAGAGCCCACAGGAAAUGAUGUCGCCACCAUCCUGUCACGACGCAUCGCUGUAGAGUAUAGCGAAUCAGAGGAGGAGUCCGAACCCGAGGACCAGGAGUGGUCCGACUGAGGAGAGGAGGAAGCUCAGAGUCUAAUGCUUCAACAUCAACAUCAAGACAGACCCCAGAUCAGUCCUGACAGUCGAAACCUAAAACUAACAGGAAAUAGAACAACAAUAAAAUCACUGGAAAAAGUUUUAGAGGGACAGUAACCUGCUGGAUAAAAACACAAGGCGUUCCCUCAGCUCAGUCUGGAAAAAUAUUUAGAUAAUGCAAAACUAGUUGAUAAUGUUACUUUAGUAAAUAUUAUUAGUUAAUUAUUCUCAUCACCAAUUAAUGUAUUUAUUAUUUUCAACCUGCUAAAGGCGCAGCGUCCUACAGUCCAACAUUUUAGUCCAGUUAUCUUUACUGAUCCUGUUCCAGGUAGUUAGUUAGACUUUAUUGUUUUCACAGCACUGUACAUCACAGGGAAGACACACAUCACACACCAGUUACAGACAGAAAUACAUGAAGUACAGCACAACAGCACACAACAACGCGGUUAAAAACAACAUGAAUCCUUAGCGAGGCACCCUGUUUAGGGCUGCUAUGGCUGCGGGUACCAGACUUUUGCCAAAGCGAGCCCUUCUGUACCUCAGGUACCUGUACCUGCGCCCAGAGGGCAGUACAGUGAUCGAGCUGCUGUGUGAUGUCCUGUGCUAGCUUGGAUUUGUAUGCGUGUGAUGGCCUUACAGUUGAGCUGUGAGAGGUUGGGUGUGGAGAGACCUAUAAGCAGUGUUGUUAUGUGUGAGUUUGACCCGGUUUGUGACAGACAACAUGUUGAAGGAACAGGUGCAGCAGUCGAGCGGGAUGGGUUGAACAGUACUUUGGUACGACAGUUGGAGGAGAUGGGGAGCGACAGAGUCCUCUGAGUUUACGGAUGGCUGAUAGUCUUCGAUGGCUUUUGAACGUCUUUUGUAUGCUGGUCGAGUUUAUUGUCCAGUGUGAGUCCGACAUAUUUGAAGCUGUCAACCAUUUCAGCUGUUUCGUUAUUGAUCAGGAUGGGGUGCUGGAGUGACGGGGCACCUAUUACUAUUUCUGGUGUUUUCCUGACAUUGAGAUAAAGCUGGUUACGCUCACACCACAGUGCAACAGUGUUGGGAUAGUCCAGAACAGAGCGGUUAUCUGGUGGUGGGUGAGGGGCUGGUCAUUGGUGUACAGCGAGUAAAGAAACAGGCUCAGCAUACAACCCUGCAGUGCUCCGGUGUUGGUGGUGAGUGCAGGUGAUGUUAUUGUGGCUACCCAAGCAGCUUGCUGUCUGUCACUGAGGAAAUUGUGCAGGAGAUGGAUCAGGUGGUGGGGGUGGGGGUGUUGAGUUGGUGUAGCUUCUGGAUCAUUAGAAGCCUUUGGAUGGUAUUGAAAGAAGAGCUGAAGUCCACAGAGAGGAUCCUGGCGAAGGUGCUUGGGGAAUGCAGGUGGUGGAGGAGGAGGUGCAGCAGGCAGGCCACAGGAUCCUCUGUGCCCCUCUUGGACCUGUAGGCAGAUUGGAGGGGGUCCAGUUGUUGGUUAACAAUUGUCAGGAUGGCGUGUAGCAGCAGCUUCUCCAGGCACUUCAUUAUUAUGGAUGUGAGAGCAACGGGGCGGUAAUGAUGAGUUCUGUGGAUGGCUAAGCUGGUGCCAUACAUCCUCCUUUGAGAAGGGGGGCCGGCUCGUUGGGGUCCAGCGGAGGGAGGGCUCUCAGCUCUUUGACGUAUUCGUCUGUGAAGUCCCGAGUGUCGAAGCGAGUGAAGAAUGAGUUCAGUUUAGUGGUUAAAAGUUCUGUUGAUGUUGAUGGACUGUGUUUGGGUUCCCGUCCAGUCAGGGGUUUCACCAUCUGGAAAGCUUGUUUAGUGUUCAUGUUGCCAAAUUCAUGCUCCAGUUUGUCCUUAAAUUUCAGUUUUGCUUUAAGUUUAAGGUUUUGAGCUCAAGCUCACCAGCCCAGAAAGCUUUAUGCUUCUCUUUAACGCUCUGUUUUACUAGAGGAGUGAUCCAGGGUUUGGAGUCGGGAUAUUUCUUUAUUGUUUUGACUGGUAUAGUGGUAUUUAUGUAGAAACUGAGUAGUCUGUAAUGACAGUGACCCUGUUAUUCAAGUCUCCGUCAAAGCUGUCCCAGUCAGUGCAUGCCAGGGAGCCUUGGAGUUGUGUGAUGGCGUCCUCUGACCAUUGUGGGGCACUGAAGGAUUGUGGCUUGUGACAUUUAAGUUCUUUUUUGUACAGCGUAAGUAAACAGGUGAUACUGUGGUCUGCGAGUCCGAGCAGUAGGUAUAAACAGGCAGGAAAUGCGUCGGUAAGGUUACCGUAGCACAAAUCCAAGAUGUUUUCCCUUCUGGUGAGAAUGUCCACGCACUGUUGAAAUGAUGGCAGAACAUUGUCCCGUCUGCAGCUGUUAUAAUCCCCCAAGAUAAACACCGGAGCUCUGCAACACUUAGCCAUUAUAGCGUUAGCAUCCUCGGGCAGCAAGCAGUAAACGCAGCUGACAACAACAGCAGGGAGAUAAUAGGUACACAGAGACACGGUCAGCCUCUCCAGGACAGGCAUGCAUACCUGGCGAUGAAGAGGCAGACCCCACUGCCCCUCGUCUUCCCAGACUUCCUGCUCUGUCUGACCUGAUGAUGCUGAAGCUGUCCGGGCUGACCUCGGCAUCGGAGACCGACCCAUCCGGCCAGGUCUCGGGCAGGGCGAUGAUGCAGAUGUCCCUUUCCAGUAAGUCCAUUUUAUUCCAGAGUGAGCGGACAUUUGACAGGAUGACGGAGGGGAGAGGUGGAUUAAAUGGACGCUUUCUUAAUCUGCCUCGGAUACCCCUCGCCUUCCUCGUCUUCCUCUUUUCCUCGGCCGAAGCUCCGAUGGUCGGAACACAGCAGGCUUGGUGUUGCAAAGCAAGGAGGCCCGGUGUAAGGUAUGAUGGUGUUCGAUCAGUCCAGGGUAACACAAACGACA